AAAACCCUAAACAUGUAGCGCGAAGCGGGGCGCCCCAUUCGAACAGCAGGAGGCGCAGCCUAUAAAACCCCAACCGCUUAGAAGCCGUUUACAAUCGCCGCCCUUUACUCGAGCGAAGUACUUCAGGCGAAAAUGAUUUAACUUGCCCGAUUUUGCAGUUAUCUUACACUUCAAGCCUUGCCAAAGCGUGAUGUUUACCAAGGGGCUGCUGCUGAUCUUUGCGAUAUUCGCCUCCUACGGCUACUGUGUGAGUGAACUGCCGGAUGAAUCCUGCGAAACUCUGCCAUCAGACAUCCACAUUACCAAAGAGGAGUUUGACGAAUUGGGGCGACUACAGCGCACUUGCAAUGGGGAAGUGGCGGUUAACAAAUGCGAGGGAUCCUGCAAAAGCCAAGUGCAGCCCUCCGUGAUCACCCCCACGGGGUUCCUGAAGGAAUGCUACUGCUGCAGGGAAAGCUACUUGAGGGAGCGCAUAGUGACGCUGACUCACUGUUACGACCCUGAUGGGCUGCGACUGACUGGCGAAGGCGAGAACUCGAUGGACAUCAAGCUGCGGGAGCCAUCCGAAUGCAAAUGCUACAAAUGCGGCGAUUUUAGCAGAUAGGAUGGGAUUUCGCGUUAAGAUCCAUCCAGUAGCUUAAGGUUCUAGUGCCUUGUAUAAUGUAAAUAUGUUAGGCCGCGACUAAACAUCCAAGUGAAUGUUGCAAAGCUUCCAACUACCAAAGCAAAUUAAUAAAGUAUAAACCUUGA